AUGUUUCCUACGGUGGUGCGUAAUGCUGCUAUUGGUAUAUCAUCGAUGAUGGCACGAGUGGGGUCCAUGAUUGCGCCAUUCGUCGCAGGACUGAGGCCACACGGAAAAUGGUGCGCUCCGGUAGCUUUUGGUGUGUUUCCAAUAAUAGGUGCUUUACUUUGUCUUAUGCUACCUGAAACAAAAGACUGUGAGCUGUUGAUGACAAUAGAAGAAGGUGAAGCGCUUGGUCAAAAUCAAACAAAUCAACAGCAAAAUGUACCGCUACAAAAGGUUUAA